AUGCCCGGUUCCCAUUCCCAGAGACUGCAUGCUGUGCCAUGCCCUUCCUCCCCAGACCAAGUGGCACAUGUGAAGGUCCUCUCUUCAAUCUACUUUGGAUCUGUGAGUUCUCUAAGCACCAAAUUGACACCUGCCAUAUAUAUAGUGGUAUUCUCAGUGGGCGUGUCAGCAAAUGCAGCAACCCUGUGGAUAUUUUACUUCCAGACCAUCACUAUAAACAUCUUCUACAUUAACUUGGCUGUGGCAGUUCUCCUCUUUUGUGUCACACUUCCCUUUAAAAUAGCCUAUCAUUUCCACGGAAAUAACUGGCUGGAAGUGAUGUGCCGUGUGACCAUUGCUGUUUUCUAUGGCAACAUGUAAUGUUCCAUUCUUCUCCUUGCCUGCAUCAGCGUCAGUUGUUACCUGGCCAUUGUUCACCCUUUCACCUACCGUGGGCUCCCAAAGCGCACAUACGCCACGCUUGCUUGUGGCCUGGUGUGGAUCACUCUCUUUUUUAUGGUGCCACUCUUCAUAACAAAGCAAGUAUAUUACCUGGACCAACUUGGGAUCUAUACCUGUCAUGAUGUACAUAACACCUGUGAGAUGAUGUCACCCUACCACUUCAUUUCUCUGGCCUUUGUUAGAUUUGUAAUUCCACUUGGUGUCAUUAUCUUCUGCUACAUAUCCAUCACUUGGACACUUAAAGUCCAUCAUCAGAAAUGGUUCUGGUAUAUCAAAGUGAUUCUCCUCAUCCUAGUGCUUUUUGCUAUUUGUUUCACUCCAAGCAAUAUAAUACUUAUUACUCAUCAUGUAAACUAUUACUAUAACAAUAACACAGAUGAUGACUUAUACUUUUCCUAUCUCAUAGCAUUGUGCCUGGGCAGCCUUAACUGUUGCCUAGAUCCAUUCCUUUACUUUUUAAUGUCAAAAAUCACAGAUCAGUCCAAUGCCUACGUGACAAUCAAGACCUCUUAG